AUGCAACAAAACUCUGGAGCAGGUGCCGACCAACCUUCCCAAGAGUUCAAUAUGUGGGGCUCGUCAGAAGGACCUCAUGAACGUCAUGGAAAUCAUGGUCCCAGAGGGGCCCAUGGCUUUUAUGAAUUUGGUCCAUUUGGCUUUCCUUUUGGCGGAGCAGGACCAUUUGGUAGAGGUGGCUUCGGACGCAGAGGAGAUCAUCGAGGACGUCACUCUUUCACCCCCGGCGGAGAUGGAGAACAUACCGAUGAAGAAGGCAGAGAAGAAUUCCGAGGACAUCGUCAUCACGGUAAAGGCAAAUAUAACCGUAGAGGCGGAGAAGAAUCUGGAGAGGAAACACCUACUUCCGAUGCAGAGGCUGGAGAGGGUUCUUCCAGACCACAACGUGGCCCUCGAGAUUUCAAGGGCAAGAAAGGAAAUUGUCGCGGAGAGGGUGAGCAUUUCGAUGAAGAAUCAUCGGAUGUUGAAGCAAGAGAAGGGUCACAAGGCCAGGGGUCACGGCGAGGACCCAAACACCACGGACGCCAUGGACCAGGUAGCAGAGGAGGAUGGGGCGUUCGAGGUGGAGGCAGAUGUGGACCACAUGGUGGACAUCAAGGUCGGGGAGGACCCCACGGCCAUCAUGGAAGACGCGGCCCACCUCCAUUCGCCGGCCCAGGUGGCCCAUUCGACUUUAGUGCAAUGAUUCAAGCACUCUCUUCUCACCCAAUCGCACAGGCAUUUGGUAUUCCUACAACUCAGCGCUCCGGCGAAACACUCGUCCCCGAAGAUGUUGACACAGAAAACUCUUUUGUUCCUCCUAUUGACGUUUUCACCACUGAAGAUGCAUAUGUUCUCCACAUUGCACUCCCCGGUGCCAAGAAAGAAGACGUAGGUGUACACUGGGAUGCCGAGAAAGGAAUAUUGAGCAUGGCAGGUGUUGUUUACAGACAAGGAGAUGAGAAAUUCUUGGCGAGUCUUACCAAGAAGGAGAGAAAGGUGGGUGCUUUUGAGCGCACUAUGAAAUUGCCUCUCAACGAAGAGGAUAAAUCAGAAAUUGAUGGUGAUAACAUCGCCGCCAAAUUGGAGGAUGGUGUCUUGGUCGUUACUGUGCCAAAGCUGGAGAAGGAAGAAUCUUGGACUGAGAUCAAGAGAGUCGAUAUCAAUUGA